CUCGGCAUUUAGCGGCCAUUUUCGACGAAUCUUCGUUUUCUGUUUACAUCGUUCAAGUUGAAAGCUGCAAAUUUCGAAAGUCUUUGCAAUUUAAUUACCAAAAAAUCGACAAAUUAGCAUAAAUACUGUAUAAAAUAGUUGAAAAUGUCGCGUAGCGUUAGAGCAGAAACUCGUAGCCGAGCAAAAGAUGACAUCAAACGGGUAAUGAAUGCAGUGGAAAAAGUGAGACAUUGGGAAAAGAAAUGGGUAACCAUUGGCGAUACCACCAUGAAAAUUUACAAAUGGGUGCCUAUAUAUUCAGAAAAGAAAAAAGUGAGCAACGCUAAUAAGAGCGAUAAGGAGAACUCGCAGAAAGGCACGCCAACUCCACCGCAAAUAACGCCCUAUGGCGGUCUGACUGCGGAAGAUUCGAACACCUGUUUCUCCAUGGUAAGCGAUUCACAAGGUGCCACCGAAUUUGUCUCUAGCAUGCCAUUUUCUGAGGACUCCAACUCUCAAGGCAGCGAAGGACCAGUGAAACGACUAAAAACUAGUGAUUAGUCAUACUAACAACAUAAAAACAUUUCGCAUUCGCUGCAACUCACAAUCAGUCAAACUCGAAACGAAGCAAUUUUCAUAAAUGGAAAAUAGUUUACAUUAUCGAAAAAAAACAACAAAAUAGUUUCAUAACUACAAUGAAUUUUUUGUGCUUGGUAAUGCAGUAUACUAUUGCCGCCGAAACUACAUACUGCAUAAAAAUGUAUAGUACUAUUCUAAAGUACUGUUGCUAACUAAUUUUAGUUUAAGCGAUUUAUAUUAAAUAACCUUAAUUUACUGCAUAUAUGAAGAGUGCGCCUAGCUUAGUCAUCAUUAUUGUAGUAUUAAGUGGAUUCCUCCAAACUUGUAAUGUACAUAGUAAUAUUCUAUUUUCGUACAUUUGGACGAAAACUGAGUAUUUGCCCUUGGAGAACGCGUACCGAUCUUAUAAAUAAUGUUGAUUAUAAUGAAGUCAUGUUCAUUGUAUUAUUUAAUUUUUAUUAUUUUUUCUUAGUAAAUGGUAGUGCGAGCAGACAAUUUGUAAUAAUAGCCCGCAUAAAAUUACUACAACAAAAAACACUAUUGCUAAGACCGUGCACAUUGUAUGGUUGACGCAAUGAGGCUGUCUGAAGGCACGUGCUUAACUUAAAACCUACCUAUAAACAUAAACCAAGUCUCUGUCAGUUGAAGAAUACCAAUAUUAAUUUAUUAAAGUUUGUAUGUAUUAAAGAUUACAUUUUUGCUCUAAGAAAGUUUUGGAGAUUUUAUUCUUGGGUCCAAAUUCUCCAGUAUACGUAUGCCUGUUUUCAUAAAUACAACGUGUUUAUCAAUGCAAAGGUCUACUCGACAAACAUAAGGGUAAUAGAAUGAUUAGGAAAUGAGUCAAACACCAACAUAUUUUUUAAGGUAUAACGCUAGAAGAGGUGAUUAUAAAAACUGCGAAGAAUCAGUGCACUCUCAACACAAAAGGGGGAAACAACAUGCAUAUUUUUUUUUUAAAUUUGAGAAAAAGUUUAAACUUUGUUAAUAUACGAACAAAAUCUGAAGGUAACUACGCCUACCUCCUAUAUAACGAUAGUUUGCAGUAAUACGAAUACUACUACAAUAAUUCACUAUGACAGAAUUUAUUCUUUUGAAAUUGGUAUCUACAGUCAACACAAAUUUUUAGGCGCAGAGAAUUCUUCGAAUUAUUAUUUUUUAGUUUAAUUUCGUUUUGAUUUUUUUUUUUAAUAUAUCAUCACCUGAAAUGCAAAAAGACGUAACUAUUGGUAUGAUUUCAUAUAUAUAUGUAUAUAUUAGUCUCGAAUUUGUCCAUUUCAGUGAUGUGUAGUUCAUACCACAAGAAAAAAUAAAAA